UAAUGUUUUUAAGUAUUUAAAAACAUUAUGUAAACAAAAGCAAAAGUAUAGUGUAAUGUUCACUAUAUAAUUUGGUAUGGUACAGUGUCUUAAUUGAUUAUUUUCCUACAGGUUCCAACAAGAUGGCAGAACCGCAACCUCCGCCAUUAUCAGCCGUUGAAAUACAACAGCAAUAUUAUGAAGCUGUGGGUGAUGCCGAUUGGGAAUUGUAUGAGAAAAAGCAAAGAAAAUACCUCCUGCAGAAAGUUGCUAUAGCUUUAUGUGGACCUCCAACAAAAUCGGGCGAUUUAGCAAAGGACACCGAUAAUCUAGAACUGCAAGGAUACGAAUUGAGAGACGAAGAAGCAAUAAUGACUGUUUUUAACAAGAUUUGUGAACAAUCAAAAUAUUCGCAUAACGGUGACGACAUUAUAAUAUCUACACUGCGAGUAGUCUGCCUUAUACCAUGUGAAGAGAUCCCAUUUUAUAAAAUUACACCAGAUGGUUAUUGGGUUAAUUUACAUACGAAAAAAAAAGAAGGUGUAAAUAAAUUAAUUUUUCACGUAUUUUCCCUGAGAAAAUGCGUUUCUACGAAAACAAAUCAGAAAAGCUGUAGAAUAUUCAUAGAUCAUGAUGCUAGGGUAUAUCAAGAUUGGAACGAUUACUUGACUACUAAUAAUCUACCAAAAUGUGUCAUGGUUGUCCCUGCAUCCGGCGAAUACAGAGGAUAUUGUAAACCGGGUGCUACACCUGAUAGUAUGCCAGACGUGAAAUUAAGCGUUAAGCCUUCACCAGCAUUGGGAAUAGGUGCUCGAGUUCUAGCUGUUUCAGAUGGUGUUAGUACAG